AUGGCAUUUUCGUCAGUUCUGUCCCGUCUGAUGGCGUCGUUCACACCUCUUGCCGUGUGCGGAAGUGUGGUCUUUGAGGCCGCGAACCUCCCAAACAACGAAGCCAUUAUAGAAAACGAGGGGUUCAAAAAUAUUGUUAUUGCCAACCGUCUCAGCGUCAACAACAAUCUCGACUUGCCUUGUCCCUGGGUCGAUGCGUCUGAGCUCAGUGACUUCAGAUCCACGACCCAUAUCGUCCGAUUUCUCGAAACAGUCGUCCACGAGCUGCUUGGCCAUGGCAGCGGGAAUCUCCUCGCCGAAACAGCCCCUGGAGUAUACAAUUUCAAAAACAGGAACCCGCCCAUCAACCCUCUUACGAACGCGCCCGGGAACUUGCACUAUCGCUUUGGCGAGGACUGGGGCAGCGUCUUUGGCAAGUUGGCAGGGACAGUGGAAGAAUGCCGCGCGAUUUUGAUUUCACAGUAUCUCAUGGACAGCAAGCAACUCCUCGAAAUAUUUGGCUAUACCGAUACCAGCGCGAUUACUGCUGAUGAGCUUCUCUAUAUGACGUACUUGAACAUUGGCGUUGAUGGACUGCAGGCGCUGCAGCAUUACAGUAAUGAGGGUCAAGCGUGGGGUCAAGUUCACCACCAGGUAUGGUUCCUUCAUUAA